AUGAGUAAUAAUACACAACAACUCGAUAGUUUACUUGAAACUGAGCGAGUAAGAAAUAGAUUCAUUAAUCAUGAAUUUAAAAAACUAGAUAGAACACAAAGUAGAAUCAACGCACCAGAGAAAUCAAGUAGUGAUACUGAAUCGGAAUCAGAUUCAGAGUUCUUUCUUAAAAAGAAACCUAUUCAACAACAUAAUCAUCAUCAUCAUCAUAAUAGACAAACUGGAAAGAAAGAUAAUAGCAAUAGUAAUAGUAACAGUAAUGUCACAACUGCAACUGUACCGGCUCCUUUAAAGACAAAGUCUACUGUUGCCAAUAAUAACUCGUCAUCAGUUACUACUUCACCAAUCUCUACAUCUGGUGUAUCAUCAUCACCAUCCUCAUCGUCUUCUUCGUCAUCAUCUUCUACACCAUCUAGUUCACCAAUCAAUGCAUCACCAAAUGUUACCUCUGUCAAGGGUAAUACCAUUCAUCCAACUAGCAUCUCACCACUCACCACCUUAUCAACAUCUGAUCUCAAUCUAUUUGCCUCUAGACCUUCCCUUCUCAGCUCUGAAUCAACUGGUGUAACUUAUAAAGGUUUACUUAAUCUUGUUGUCAUUAUGCUCAGUUUAAUGAGUUUUAGAUUAGUUAUACUUAAUCAUUUAGCAUAUGGAUUUAGAAUUGAUUUUGGAUUAUUGGCAGUAUCUGAAUGGCAUAGAUGGCCUGGAGUGUUGAUUGCACUGUCUAUCAACUUUUACAUUUUGGCUGCAUUUUUGAUUGAAAAGGCCGCAUCUAUCGAUCUUUUACCAACACGUUUCUUGUACCUCUUACGUGUCAUUAAUUGUUUUCUCAUUGUCACUGCGCCAUCUGCCUCUGUACUCACCUUUAAACCAAACCCUGCAUCUGGAAUCAUUGUAAUGAUCCUAGUCUGUGUAUUCUCUAUGAAAAUCAUUUCCUAUUCCUAUGAAAAUAGUAAACAAAAGAAUUUAACAAAAACUAGAUCAUCAAUUAAUAACAAUGGUACAAAAGAUAAAGAAAAGACAAAACUUGAUCCAACCAUUUAUCCAAAUAAUUUAACUUUAAAAAGUACAUAUUGGUUCAUGUUGGUACCAACAUUGGUUUAUCAAUUACAAUAUCCAAGAUCGGAUAGAAUUAGAAAAGCAUUUUUAUUGAGAAGAAUUGUUGAAGCUUUAUUCUUGUCUGCUUUAAUUUUCUAUAUGGUUGAACAAUACAUGGUACCACUUGUCGAAAAUAGUCUUGUACCAUUGGAACAAGAUAAUUAUGUUUUAAUUGUUGAAAGAGUUUUAAAAUUAUCAUUACCAAAUUUAUCAGUAUGGUUAUUAGGAUUUUAUGUAUUCUUUCAUCUUUAUCUUAAUAUUUGUGCAGAGAUUACAAGAUUUGGAGAUCGUGAAUUUUAUCGUGAUUGGUGGAAUAGUACUGGAUUGGAUUACUUUUGGAGAACCUGGAAUAUGCCAGUACACCAUUGGAUGGUGGUUUUAAUCUAUACACCGAUGCGUAGACGUGGACUCUCUAAAAACAUGGGUUACUUUAUGUGUUUCUUUGUAUCUGCCAUCUUUCACGAACUUGUCAUUAGCGUUCCAUUCCAAACCUUUAAAUUGUGGGCCUUUUUCGGUAUCAUGAGUCAAAUGGUCUUGAUUGCUCUCACCAAGAAUCAACUCAACGGACAAAAUGUUGGCAAUGUCAUCUUUUGGUUAUCUCUUGUCAUUGGUCAACCCUACAUUGUCCUUCAAUACUAUAAAUCUUUUAUUCAAGAACAUCCUCAUCUUUAUCCAACUACUAUUAUGGAAAUUCAUGAUCUAACAAGUUAA